GCGACAACCGGCUCUUCCCUAUCUCUGGCAAAUUAAACAGGUAAUCAAGACGCACGGCUGAUACCAGGCCCGUUGCUGCUGCUGCUGCCAAUCUUACUAGCUUAUGCCCGCGUGAUAAGGGCCACAUUUCGACAAUCGGUUGACGCGUCACAGAUUGUGUCCCCUGCGCCGGGAGGUUGUGUUUUUUUUUUUUUUUUUUGUGAACGCCAGUACCCCGUUCGCCCUGUAUUGUGUCGGCCGGACGGACUAACGCUGCUAGCGAUAAGUCUGACGCAGUUUCACGGGCCGGCCACUCGGCUGUGGUUCAGUUUUGUUUCAUUUUCGCUGCGGAACGCAUCAGCAGCUACACGGCAUGAGGCUUCUAUCGUACGUGUUCACGGUGGAGCUGCUGGUGAGCACGGUAGCGGCGAUCAUCGGUAUCGGGGUGUACAUGCUGACGUACUGGAACUGGUCUAGUCUUCCCAGUGGUAUAGACAUCGCCGACAGUUCUGAGCAGCAACAGCCGCAGUUCGUAGCCGGGCGUGCCCUCGCCGAUCUAUCGAUACUAACGAGCCGAGGACCCCGAGUGGCCGGUAGUGAAACGAAUGAACGAUUUGCCAUCGAAUUUCUGCUCACAACACUCGAGCAGAUUGCUUCCGAGGCGAAACCCCAUCUCCGUGUUGGCCAUACGGUACAACGUCACACCGGUAGCUACUUCCUGGACUACGAGGACUAUCCCAUCACGAGCUACUACCGUGCGGUACAGAAUGUGAUCGCUUGGGUCGAACCAAGGGGUCAAUCGGAAGCGGUGCCAUAUCGUGGUCCCUAUCUACUGCUGAAUGCUCACUUUGACAGUGCUGUGACGAGUCCCGGGGCCGGUGAUGACGGUACGAUGGUGGUAGUGAUGCUGGAGGUGAUGCGCCAACUAUCGCAAACCACAGCCGAUGGAUCGUUUUUACUACGCCACGGAGUGCUGUUCCUGUUCAAUGGCUGUGAGGAGAACACGAUGCAAGGUGCGCAUGCGUUCGCCAGUGGCCAUCCGCUAGCCGAGCGAGUCGCCGCUUUUAUCAACCUCGACGUAGCGGCCAACGGUGGCCGUGAGAUAAUGUUUCAAUCCGGACCAAACUAUCCCUUCCUGAUGGCCCACUAUCGGGAUCACGUGAAGCGCCCGUACGCCAAUUCACUCGGUGAGGAAGUGUUCCAGAUGGGGCUCGUACCGUCCUUCACCGAUUACGAAACACUGGCCACGGUGGGCGGUUGGCCUGGGCUGGAUUUUGCGCUUUCUGCGUACGGCUACCUUUACCACACGGCCCUGGAUGCACUGGAGACCAUCUCGACCUCUACGCUGCAGCACAUCGGUGACAACGUACUCGGGCUAGUGAUGGGAUUGGCCAGUUCCGAUGAGCUGACCAACGUGGAGGCACACGCUGACGGGACGGCAGUUUUCUUCGAUUUUAUGCAUCUUUUCCUCGUGUACUACACCGAAACGACGGGGAUCAUCAUCAAUGUGGUGCUCGGAGUGUUGGCCAUCGGUCUCAUCGUGGGCACGCUGGUGAUGAUGAUCCAGCAGGAGAAUGCUAGUGCCGCCAGCGUACUGUUCGAGGCCGGUAUGAGCCUGAUCGUGCAGACACUCUCGAUCAUGAUCGGUGCGGGCUGUUCCGUCCUGGUGGCCGUCAUAUUCGAUGCAUGCGGUCGUUCGAUGAGCUGGUUCUCGUCGACCUGGCUACUGUUUGGGCUGUACUACGUGCCGUUCAUUGCCUGUCUGACCCUUGGGCCGUUUCUUUACGUUCACUUCCGGAAAAUUUCUAUUCUGCACGAUCAAGGACGCAUCAUACUGUUCCUGCAUGCACAACAGUUCAUCUACGCCAUUCUGCUGAUCACGCUGACGAUCGGUGGUAUCCGAUCGGCGUACUUGUUGCUCUUUCCAACCAUCUUUUACAGCGCGACAACGAUCGUGAACAUGAUACUCAAGUUUCGGCUUAAUGUGUGGCUUUACGUGCAUCUGGUUGGCCAGAUCGUACCGUUCGUUUACUUCUGUUCCCUCACCGUUACCCUGUUCGGCGUGUUUAUCUCGAUGACGGGACGUACGGAUAACCGGUCGAAUCCGGAUCUGCAGAUGGCGCUUUUCUCCUCACUCACUGCGCUCCUGCUCGUCAGUCUGCUAACUCCGCUGGUGGUGCUGUUCCGUCGGAAGGCGUAUCUCUACGCGGUACUGUUGCUCAUGUUUCUCGUGACGGGCAUUGUGGCUGCCACGCCGGUUGGUUUCCCUUUUCGCGAAAGGACCUCACCCCAGAGGUACUACAUUUUCCAUCAAGAGAGGAACUUUUACUGGCCGAACGGAACGGUAAGGAAGUCGGAUUCGAUCUUCUACCUGCACCCUCAGGAUCGGCAUACACCGGAGUUGCUUCAAUCGGAGGUACCGGAGUGGAACGCAGCACGCACACUUGGCCCCGAGUGUGAACGGGAGCUUUAUUGUGGCGUACCGUUCUACAUCAAUCGCUACCAUCGCCAGGCGGAAUCGAGCUACUGGUUGCCAGCGAGUAGCACUCCGAACUUUCCGGAACCCGUUCGCUUUCGACUCGUGGCGAGUCAACGGUUGAACGGACGUCGCAUUCUCACGUUCAGUGUCCAAGGGCCAAGCCACAUGAGUCUCUACAUUUCACCGACCCGUGGUCGCCAGCUAGUCCGUUGGAGUUUCAGUGAUCGGAUACCACCGAGUGGCGUACGCUGGCAGGGCCAGGACGUUCACUUUGUGAACUUCUUCUCCGGCAACAUGGACCGUACACCGGCCACGUUCGAGCUUGAGCUAGAAACACCACCGGGCGAUGGUCCAGAUUUGCAUCUGUCCGUUGUUGGGCAGUACAUGUACCACGAGACAUCACGAACACCCGAGUUCCAGCAGUUGCUUGAUCGAAUGCCACCUUACGCACACACCGUGGCCUAUCCUGGCUAUCUAGAGAGUUGGAUAUACUGAUUGGAACAGUGCA